CGUGGUGGGUUGAUGAGGACUUCAGCUCCCAGAGGGCACUAUGGUAGCACCGGCACCCGCUUGAAGGGGGAAGCCGAGCGAGGGAUCCAUCAAGGGAAGGAAGAUGGUGGAACAAGCGGCGUGGUUUCCCCGUAAGGCAGUGACCGACCCUGUCUUUAGUCCCCAGCAGAGAGACGCCUCCCGGCCCGACGCAGCUUCCUGAUAACAGCCCGUGUCGGCCAUGCCCCGGCCUCGUUCACGACGCGGCGACGCAGCCCGCAGAGGCGGCCGAGGUACCCGAAGCAGUGCCAAGAUGGACUCCCAGGCCAGUGAUGACGAGGCAGCUAGUGAAGUGCUGAGUCACUACAGCAGUGCCAGUGAGACUGCUAGUGUAGCAGAGGAAGUGACAGGUGGUGAGGCAGUUGAUGAGCAAGCACAGCAAGAGGAAAUGGAAGAUAAGCUGAAGGAGUGCAUCGACAAUGUGAUGGACAAGAGUGCCAAGACACGGCAGGUGGCUCUAGAGAGCCUGAGGCUCGCAUUCUCUUCCAAGACACUCUUUGACUUCCUCUUAGAACGUAGGCUCACCCUGACAGACUCCUUGGAGAAGUGCCUGAAAAAAGGGAAGGGGGAGGAACAGUCCCUUGCUGCUACUGUUCUUACGCUACUGUGCCUUCAGAUGGGCUCAGGGCCUGAGGGGGAGGAGGUGUUCCGCAGCCUGAAGCCCCUUCUCAUCUGCAUCCUGACAGACUUCACGGCCAGCCCAGUUGCUCGGCAAAGUUGUGCCACUGCUCUUGGGAUGUGCUGCUAUAUUGCUGCAGCGGAUGUGGAGGACCUGGCUUCCUGUCUUGCUUGCCUAGAGGGUAUCUUUGGCACCUCCUGCCGUAAGGAGGCUGGAUCAGAGUCCUCCCACCACAGCCCUCUGCUCCAGGUCUUGCAUUGCAACGCGCUCCAGUCCUGGUCCCUGCUCCUCACCAUCUGCCCAAGCACCCAGAUCAAGAAGAUCCUGGACAAUCACUUACCUACGUUGCCUCUGAUGUUGUCCAGUGAUAACGUCAACCUUCGGAUUGUGGCAGGUGAAACGAUUGCGCUACUCUUUGAGCUGGCCCGAGACAUAGAGGAGGAUUUUUUCUACGACGAAACGGACCUGCUGUGCACAAAGCUAAAAGCCCUGGCCACCGACAGCAACAAGUACCGAGCCAAGACAGACCGGCGAAAGCAACGCUCCAUCUUUCGGGAUGUGCUGCAUUACAUCGAGAAUGGGGAGUGCCAUGAGGAGACCAUCAAGUUUGGACUGGAAUGCAUGUAUGUGGACAGCUGGGCAAGGAGAAGAACGUACAAUGCCUUCAAAGAAGCUCUUGGCUCUGGGGUCCGGCACCACCUGCAGAACAAUGAGCUGCUGCGUGAGAUAUUUGAACUGGGGCCCCCACUCGUGCUAGACGCUGCCACCAUCAAAGCCAGCAAGAUCUCACGCUUUGAGAAGCAUCUGUACAACUCGGCUGCUUUCAAGGCCAGGACAAAAGCGAGGAGCCGUGUUCGAGAUAAGCGAGCGGAUGUCCUUUGAGGGGAAGCUGCUUCCUCCUUUUGCCUUCCGUCAAGCCAAUGAACUACAGAACCAGACCACUGUGAACAUGAUGGGGUGGGGAUGCCUGGGGCAAGGGGCUCAUUGCCUCAACUCGUUCAGAACCAGGGUUGUGCCAUGCCCACCUCUGUUCCCCCACCACAUUCUGGGGGCGGGGGGCUUUUAUAUAAGUGUACAGAAUACUAUUUAAAUGUCUUGGAUGUUUGAAUACUGGUGGAAUGGCAGUGGGCAGGUGCCAUUUUUAUUUUUUUAACCAAAAAUCUAAGCGAGGUUGGGUGGUGGGGAAAGACUUAUUCCCCUCGCUGCUUUUUAAGCCAGUGAUAAUUUUAGCCUCCUUUCCCUGUCUCCAUUGCUGAACGUAUUGUACAGUUGCUGUUGGCAGCACAAAUUGGAAUCAGUGAUCAUUUUCCAUCCUCCUGUCUUGUAGCUGUUAACUCUUCCACGGAUUAGCUCAAUGCAGGAGAGAAAGCAGGCUGUAGUGUUCCAGGUGGAGGCAAUGAAGGAACUGGCUUGAGGACGGGUGCCUUGGGUUGUUCUCCCCCCCCCCGAGUUGAAGGUGUAUUGCCUUGGGUUGGAUGACAUGUAAAUUAGAAUUCAAUGUACUUGAUUGAAGGCUGGGGCUGACAACACAGUGAAGGGGGGGGUAUUCUCUGCACGUGCAGUUGCUGAUUCUUUAUUGCUUUUCCCUUUCUCUGAUUUCCCUGCCCAUCACUGUCUGCAGAUGAGUUCUCUUGCUUUUUAGCACUCGGCUUUGCUUCUCAUUUGCAUAUGGCUUUUUAAAGCAUCCCUGUUGGCAGCCCUGCAAAAACUUCUCUUCCCCAAGAUGGGGAAGCCAUCCCGUGUGGCAGAGAAGUUCCCUGGAACUAACACAGAAGUUCCCUGCAACUGACACAAAAUAAACGAGGGUUGAAAGCCCAUGGUGCUUUGCCUGCUCUGUACCUCUCUUUCAGUGCCAAGAAAAGCUUUAAUUCUGCUUGUAUUUGCUUGCUGCAUAAUUCAUUUUACCUCCGUUACCCAGUGGGAAAGGCAAGGAGCUAUACAGGGGGACCUAAUGCCCCAUUUUUGGAUACCUAGAACUACUACUAAUUUGAGUUUUGAGAGAUCGCCAGGCCCACACACUUUCAAGCCGGAACAACUUCAGCCCCGUCUUGCACAUGUGGAACUUCUUAAGAAGCUGAAGUGGCCGGCUUCUCCUGAAAGUAGGAUGGGGCAGGUAAGAGCCAUGCUUCUCUUAACUGGGCUUCUUCAGCCAUGGUGUGGGCAUGGGGCUUACUUUGCAUGGAGAAAGUCCCAUGACUCACAGAGGUUUACAAAUUUAAUAGUGGUGUCCACAUGGCAGGGCAUGCAGCUAAGUGGGUACAUGAUGCCUUUCUUCACUGAACAUUGCUUAGGCCAAGUUUUCUUGCACCAACCUGCACCAACAAUGCAUGUACCAUCUGUACAACAUCUUGAGUGAUGUGCCUGUUCACAAAAGGAAUUAUUUGGCCAGCUUAGUGGUCAAGUGUAGGGAUAUUCUAGGUUCCCUGCAAUGCCAAGGUGCAGUUGUGAGCCAUGCCUUAGAGCACCAAAGCAGGGUAACUCCUUAUUUGCAGAUAGUAAUUGUUCAUAUUCUAUAUUAUGCAUCAUCUAGGAUCUAAUUGCAGCUAUCCCUUUAUUAUGCUUUAAAGUCUGUCUAGGCUUUGAGAAUGAAGGAAAAGGCGUGGAAGCCUAAGAUAUUUUUCUGCUGAACAAUGCAAAAAUCAGGAGGAGUUUUAGGAUCAAAUGAGACAUGAUGAUCCAAGUGUACUUAUUCAUCUGUCCUGUGUUUACAGGGAAGGGUCAUAGUGUUUGGAGGAUUGGAGCAGAGCCUCCAUUGCUUUAAACAGCUUUGGUCCAUCCCCAGUAUCAGCUGGGGGAAGAAAUCCUUAAAGUGAUGGGUUCCCCCCUCCCAUCCAAUAUACUCCAGUUUUGAUUAAAAUACACUACUCAGCCCUCUCUUCACACAUGUAGAGGAAGACACAUGGAUUCUCCUAUUCUCCUGCCACAUCUGCUUUGAACCUUGAAAGUUAAUCACUGGGAUUUGUGUACUGUAUGUAUACCUUUCUGAUCAUCCACAUAUUCUCUGUUACGCUGCAGUAUUACCCCCCCCCCCAUCAGCCUUCACCACCUCUGGUUGGCGAAAAAUAAAUAAAUCUGUGGAAAUGACAACAUUUGCAGUUGGCACAAAUUGAAAAUAGGGUGUGCGUGUGUGUCUAAUUGGGUAAUGGUUCAACAGAGUCAAGAUUUUCUAAUUGCAAAGUGUUUUUAAUGUUGGUAACUAUGGUUCCUCCUUUUAAUAUUAUGAUGCCCCCUCAAGUGCUUCUUUGUCCAGGUCUUCUGAGGAAGUGAGUAGCA